UGACGCAGAGAAGAAGCGAUGGCCAGAACCAAGCAGACCGCCCGUAAGUCCACCGGAGGCAAAGCCCCCAGGAAGCAGCUGGCCACCAAGGCCGCCCGUAAGAGCGCCCCGGCCACCGGCGGCGUGAAGAAGCCUCACCGUUACAGGCCCGGUACCGUGGCUCUGCGCGAGAUCCGUCGCUACCAGAAAUCCACGGAGCUGCUGAUCCGCAAGCUGCCCUUCCAGCGCCUGGUCCGAGAGAUCGCUCAGGACUUCAAGACCGACCUGCGCUUCCAGAGCUCCGCCGUCAUGGCUCUGCAGGAGGCCAGCGAGGCGUACCUGGUGGGCCUGUUCGAGGACACCAACCUGUGCGCCAUCCACGCCAAGAGGGUCACCAUCAUGCCCAAAGACAUCCAGCUGGCCCGCCGCAUCCGCGGAGAGAGAGCGUAAAGACUGCUGCUCCUCCACAAACAACAACAACAACAACAACAACAACGGCUCUUUUAAGAGCCACUUUACGGUCAACUCAAGAGCUGCAUCCUCAUCAACGUCCACUCUGAGCAGUCCUUUGUAGCGCAAAACGUUCUCUUACAGGAUAUUCACAUAGUCUAACAGCAGUUUCACCUGUUUCAGUCACUGCUUGCUGCCAUCCUCUGCUGACUCUGUAAUCUCUAUACUGAUGAAUGGAUGAGUGCAGGUGUUUGUCUCAGCUUCACUUUGUGAUCACUUAUGAUAUUC